UAAUCAGGUAUAUAAACUUUGACCUUUCACCCUCGAAAGUGCUCCUGAAUUAUCAUGACUGCCAUUUUCGACAGCGAUAGAUUUGAUUUGAUUUGAUUUGAUUUAUUCGGCUGUAUACGAUAGAUAAAAUCAUUUCUCUUUAUCUCAGACGAGUUUGAGGCCGAUUUAACGCUUUAUUGACCCAACAACUAUACCCCCACACUGUACCGACUCUGAAGCCGUGAGGACCUGUGUAGUCGUGAGUCACUGUGCAGUUCUAGGAGCAUCAGCGUAUCUCGGAUCUGUAGUUUUACCAACAUGGCGACUGGAGCCGCGUCUCAUCUGAAACAGGGUAAGGGAGAAGAUGGGCAGGAUUCUCCCCGUACCCUCAAGUGCAGUUAUUGCGACAAGGAGUUUCGCUUCAAAAGUCGUCUCAACCAACACCAGCGAACUCACACUGGUGAGAGACCGUACAUGUGUGGCGAAUGUGGAAAUCGGUUUAUUCAGCUAGGGCAUCUGAAGGGCCACAUGAGAACUCACACCGGUGAGAAACCGUACCGAUGUGAGGAGUGCAGCAGGCAGUUCAUUGGGUUGAGCCAUCUGAAGAUUCAUAUGCGAACUCACACUGGUGAAGAAUCGUACAAGUGUGAAAAUUGCAACAGAGGCUUCAGUCGGUCAACUCAUCUGAAGACCCACAUGCGGACUCACACGGGGGAAAAUCCCUACAGAUGCGAGGAGUGCUGCAAGCAGUUCACCACAUUGUCAAAUCUAAAGAGUCACGUGCGGACUCACACAGGUGAGAAGCCGUACAGGUGUGAGGUAUGCUGCAAGCAGUUUAGGCAGUCGGGUACCCUGAAAGCACACAUGCGGACUCACACUGGGGAGAAACCGUACAAGUGUGAGAAUUGCAGCAAGCAUUUUACUGAUCUGUCUUCUCUGAAGAAGCACAUGCAGACACACACCUGUGAAAAAUCGUACAGGUGCGAGGAGUGUGGCAAGCAGUUUCGUGGCCUGAGUCAUCUCAAAAGACACAUGCGGACUCACACGGGUGAGAAACCGUACAAGUGUGAUGAAUGCAGCAGGCGGUUCAGUGAUCCGAGUCAUCUAAAACGGCACAUUCGGACACACAUUAUACAAGUGAUCUGGAGUUUGACCAACAUGGCGACUGGAACCGGAUCUCAUCUGACACAAGGGGAAGGAAAGGAUGGACAGGAUUCUCCCCAUACCCACAAGUGCAGCUAUUGCGACAAGGAGUUUCGUUUCAAAAGUAAGCUCAACGAACAUCUGCGAACUCACACCGGUGAGAGACCAUACCAGUGUGGUGAAUGCGGGAAACGGUUUAGUCAGCUGUCGAAUCUGAAAAAACACCUGCGAACUCACACUGGUGAGAAGCCGUACAAGUGCGAGGCUUGCAGCAAGCAGUUCAGUCAGCUGAAUACUUUGAAGACACACAUCCGAACCCACACAGGCGAGAACCCAUACACGUGUGAACAAUGCAGCAAGCAGUUCACCACACUGUCAGAUCUAAAGAGGCACAUGCGGACUCACACAGGUGAGAAACCUUACACGUGCGAGGCAUGCAGCAAGCAGUUCAGUCAACUGUAUACUUUGAAGACACACAUCCGAACCCACACAGGCGAGAAUCCGUACACGUGCGAACAAUGCAGCAAGCAGUUCACUAAGCUGUCAGAUCUAAAGAGGCACAUGCGGACUCACACAGGUGAGAAACCGUACACGUGCGAGGCAUGCAGCAAGCAGUUCAGUGACCAGGGAAAUCUGAAGAAACACAUGCGGACUCACUGACGAGAAACCGGACAGGUGUAAACAAUACAGCAGAAGUGUGUCAGUUCUUUACAAAGGCAAAGUUGGCCUAUGAUUUACCGUUUUAAUUCAGCACUGUACUCACUGCAUGACUCGACUGUAAAAAAAUAACGGUAACUGAAUUACAUGUACAUCAUUAUAGUUAAUCUUAAGCUUGCCACGUCACGUACUUGAUUGAAAAUAGAAGCGUUGUUGGAAAACGGUUGUGGGGUGUCUGGACACUAGUGACAAAAAGGCGGCAAAAUGUCACUGGAGAUAGCUUUCCGACAUCGGUAUUAGUUUUAGUUACUAGUACUCAGGUUCUUUUUAACAUUUAAUACGUCACUUUAAUCGCUGUAAAUACACAAGAUCCUUGGCGUUUUGAAAUAGCUUCGGAAACACGUUAGUUAUAUGGAUUUUUGCUAUGUAUUGUUUGCCUUUAUGAUAUGCUGUACGAUGUUAGAGAUUUGUUAUAUUUCCGCUCUCAGUUUCCUCAAUAAACUAAAAUGUGAAUGUG